AUGGAAUCAUCAUCAAAUUCAAGUCCUCGAGUUAGCACAUCAAAGAAAACAGCGAAAUACCAUAUUAAAAUGCGCAAUUACUUUGAAGAAAAGACUCGAGAAAGGAAAUAUUUCUCAAAUCCAUUCCUUUGCGAUAUUAGCAGUGAUAACGAAGAUUUUGCAUUAGAAACGGUCUUACCAUCAAAUCAAGGAUUGAAUAUAAAGAUCAAAAAGAGUGAGUUACAGAAGGAGAAUAAGCCAGCCGACGAAAUUUUGAACAAACAAGUAAAUUUAGAUGAUGCUAACCAUGUUAUUUCAGCACUCAAAAUGCCAAAAGAUUACAAAAAUACAGCAAAGAAACUCAAUAAAGCUAAGAAACAGCUAAAAGAACUCAAAAGAUCUCAAUCAUUAUUCGACAAAAUUACAAUUGGAGAAAGCAACCAAAUACUAAAUGAAAUAUUCCAGGAUACAGAAGAACCUCAUGAAGAGGAAGAAGAAGAUUUCUUGAUAUAA